CCGUCGUCGUCGUCGUUGUCCGGGAUGGGCAGCCCGCCAUGUCCGCUGUCCUUUAUUCUGCUCUUCCUCUCUUUCUUCCUCUCCCAUGUUUUAGCAGAACCCGUUAAUGUCUCCUACUCGGAUUGCUUCGACGCCAAUGCGAACGCUUCCCUUAAAUUCGACAUUUCAAUCAUCUAUGCGCAGGCUCUGCACGAUGACAGCCUUGGCAACUACCUCAACCUGACUGUGUUGGGUAACACGCCCGCGAGGAUCCUCGAGUCGUCAAACUCCUCAGGCAGCCUGGCCGCCACGCUGCUCACGACGACGGAAAUCCUCACCCUGAAUGCGUGGUCCAACAUCUCAUACCUCUGCGAGACGCUGCGACCCGCAUCCCCUCUCCCGUCUCUCGACGAUGGCGCCACGAACUACUGCCCGCUUGACGCCGGCGACUUUGGCCUCUCAUCCACGAUCCAGUGGGGCGAGAACCGCGCCCUCACCACCCUCGUUACCCGCCUUCGUGCUGUAGACACGUACAGCAACGAGCUCAUGUGUGUGGACGUUUCCACGACCCCCCUCGGUCCAUCAGGCGACAACCCAUAUGGCCAGGCGAUAAUCAUCUUCUGGUGCACGGUCGGCCUCGCUAUAGCUUAUUGGAUCCUCGUGGGAUUAGCCAGGAUAGUCUCUGCGUGGAGCCGAGGCCGAGGCGGACUGAACAGGAGUGCCGGCGUAUGGCCCAACGUCCAGAGCUUAGGUUACGUGCUAGCCAGUGCGAUCAGUGGAGAAAGGCUUUCUGCGUCCCCAGCACUUCUGCGCUUCUGCACGCCAUCUCUUCGCGACGUUUUAUGGCACAGUCAGUGGUGCACAUCCCUCGCCAUGAUCGCCGUGCAAUGGCCCCCAUUCAUCUAUCCCCUCCUGACCCAGACAGCGUGGUCCUCCUUGAUAUACAAUAUCACCAUCGCCACGGAGCCGUACAACCACUGGUACCCGCUGCAUGCGGCGCCCUACGAUCCACCCGACAACUUCGCUGAUCAGCUGGACGACUCUGGCUCCGUGCUCUACAUCGACCGCGAUGCGCCGAACCGCCUGUUCAUGCUGCCGAACAACGCGACGAACGGCAUCUCGUCCUUCGCGUACGCGGUCGGCGUACGCCCGCAGGACCUGUUUGGCAUCUGCAUCGUCAUAUUCCUGGGCAUCGUGGCCGCGACGAUAGCCAUCAGCAUCUUCAUCUGGGUGUUCGACGGCUGCUUCAGCGCCAUCAGCGGGGGGAUCGAAGGCAGCGGCGGGCUGUGGUCGAGCGGCAAGAUGCGCGCGCGGAGUCCAGGGCCUGGCUUCGUUUCGGCGAGCAAGGACAUGCUCGAAGCCGCAAGUCCUACCGUGGUGGGUCAUGAAGAGGGAAAGGGAGGCAAUGCUCUCUUCCGGCCGUCAUCGCGGUUUACUCUCAAUGGCCCGGGGCCCCUGGCGGACCGUAGUGUCGGGAAGUCACUCUGGUCAAGAGUGAGGCCAGACGGUUCGUCUUUUCAUGCCGCGGUUCUGUACGGCAACCUGGUCCGAGUUCUGCUUUUCUUCUACCUCCCCGUCACCAUCGUAUCUUCCUACCAGAUGACGCUACCUGCCGAUGUGGCUACUACUGCAUCUCGUGCGCUCGCAGGCGUAUGUUUCGGCAUCAUCUCGGUCCUCAUCCCCGCCCUCCUGCUCAUUCGCAUCCACUUCACCUCGACGAACAAGCUGUACGACGAGACGCGCACCCUGCUAUCCCUCGGCCCGCUGUACAACCUGUAUCGCCCGAAGUCGCAUAUGUUUGGCGCCUUGUUCUUCGCUCACAACCUCGCUCUCGGUGUCACGAUUGGCUGCGGUCAGAAGAGUGGGCUGGCGCAGGCCAUCGUGAUCCUCAUUGUGGAGGUUAUCGGCGCGCUGGUCACCAGUAUAUGGCUGCCAUGGGGCGUCGGCGCGAGCAUGGGGCUCAUCAGCUUCCUUAUGUGUGUCGCACGGGUUGUCAUCGCUGUACUACUCGUCAUCUUGACGCCUACAAUCGACAUCGGCGCUGGUCCUGGCGGAUGGGUAGCAUAUGGCAUACUCGUCAUCUGCGCCCUCGUAUACCUCGCCUUCACCAUCAUGCUCAUCCUCAAGCUCAUCGAAGCCCUCGUCCGCAUCAUUGGCCGCGUAGGCUUCGAUCAGAGCACCCACACUGUCGACACUGGCCUCCUAGGCGCUUGCGGCAUGCUCGGCUGCUGUGGCUCUAGGCGGCGGCGGAGACGGCGCGGGAAGAACCAACGAACCUCCCCUGCCAACAUCUACGACCCCAAGAACACGCAGCACAUGUACAAUGUUAGCAAGAGCUCGCCCACGUCGCCAAAUAUGUACGCGCCGCAGCCGCCCUUCGCAAGCAAUGCCUCAAAGGCGAGCUCGCACUCCGAGCCGCCGUCAGUGCUCAGACCGGAGCAUGCCUUGAGGCCGUACAAGGAGGACAGCGACGACGAGGGGUACAUCAUGGCGCCGUUCGGGAAUGCGAAGUUCGCGAAUAUGAGCCGGCCCAAUUCAGGGUAUCUGCCGGUCAACGAGCAGUCGGCGGAGCCUGCGCAGGCGAGCGGGAGCAGCAAGGGCGGCUUCUCGCGCGUCGGUGGUGGAAGGGCACAUAUCGACAACCCAUACGCGACGUUGCCUGCCGCGGGAGGGUCCAUGCACACCUUCCCGAGCACGAGCAGGCCAGUACAUGAUCCAGCGAUGUACGCGGCCUCGUACGACGAGGAUUCGCCACCGCCUUCCGUGUCCCAUGUCGCGCGACAUCCGAAUGCGUCGACGUCGAGUGGCUUCCAACCGCACACGCGCACGAAGUCGCAGACCGCGAUCAUCGAGGACCCGAGCGUGCUCGCUGCGCUACGUGCGGCGUCGGCGCCUGCUGAGCCGCCGCAGACUACGCCGGCAGAGGGCUACGACGACGAUAGCGACGAGUCAGACUCGACGACGCGGCCGAAGAAGAAGCCGUGGUACCGCAUCCGCGGGCGCACGCGCGCACCGAGCCAGGCGGCGAUGUUGCAGGAUGAGGAGACCGGCCUCGAUUCGAGUUCGCAAGCGGCGGCAGCAGCAGCGGCCAGCUCGCAACCCGCGCCGCCGCCAGGACGCUCCUUCGUCGUCAUUCGCAAGGCGCAGGGCGGUGCGUCCACGCCGCGGUAGUUGCCUGCGUCUGGCGUGAUAGUUGUCUACGUCGCGCACGGUGAUGGCCUUGCGGCUUGGUUAUGGACUGUUGUAUUUACGAACUCUGCUGUCUAUGCAUUGCACACGGACCCCAGUCUACCUUUCCUAGUAUCGUUGAUGUUUAGGAUUUUGACGAGCUACCUAGUUAGAGCCUGUAAUUCUAGCCAUCCUAAUAUGCUUUGUCGUGCACAUUAUUUGAGGCUGGAAGGUCGUAGCAGUGUGUAGGGAUUCUGA